AUGGAGGAGUGGUUGGACCGUUACUACAACCUGCGGAGAAGAACGGGAUACGAUCGGCCAAACUUUUUCGUCACGAACCGCGGCGAGAAGAUCGUCAAAAUUUACGACGAUGUGACGAAGAUAUUCGGCCAGAAACUGACGGCUUCCAUUUUCAGGAAAAUGGUAGAGACGUCCGGCCGCGAUCACGAUGCUGUAACGUCUGGGGCAAUCGCCCAGGCGUUACAGCACUCGGAUCGAACGGCAAACCAGUAUUACCGUCUGCCCGACGCCACCGAAGCGCUUCGGCGGAAUAAACAGAUAGAGACCGUUGACCACACGGCGUUGGUCAAGUCAUACGUUGACAAGAAUUUUGAAGAUCUGUUCCCGCUGGAACCAUACAUAAAAUUCGACGCAGAAGAAUGGCGGGCCAAGAUCCGGGACUGCCAGGCAUUUGAAGAGUACCCGUCGGCCACCAUCGAUCUGUUCUACGUGGAAAAACUUGGAGACAAAUUCUAUGGUGCCAUGUACGUACGAAGAUCAGAGAUCCUGGCAGAGGAAAUGGCGAUUGAAAAAUACACUAAAUUAAAUUAUACUGAUCACGCCGUGAUUGACAUGGACGUGAACGACGAUGACGACGAAGACAUCAAACCAAGGCGUCGGACGUGCGCCGAGACUUUGGCGCUGAACAAAGAUACUCUGAUAGUGAAAUAUUGUCCAAUGUGCGAAUUUAUGACGACCAGCAACAAGCUGGGUCGCCACAUGUCGAAUAAACAUUCGGACAAGAUCAGAAAACCCAAGAAGAACAAUAUAAAACGCUCAGCGUCAUGGGAGGUAUACGGAGGCUCUUGGGACCUCCCCGGAGUCCCCGUCUUCGCCAAUCCCUUCCGGGACUACAUAAUAAACGUCGACGACGUCGACGAUGUUUAUGUGGCGGACCGUUACUCUCGUUGUUUACCACCACCGGCCGCACAGCCGGUUCCACAGCCGCAGCCUCCGGUAUCGGCCACCGGAAACACACCACCGGUCUCGCAGACACCACUCGUUCCAGCCAGAGCCGAGAAACCGUCGACCACCGCCGUCCCACCCGAGCCUAGUCCCGCCAAGUGUCUUCCAACCGUGAGAAUGUUGGCUCAAAACAUGGGCCUCAACCGUCAGCUGCCGCCGAACCACCCACUGAUCGUGAUGUUUGCGAACACUUUGAAAAUGAGCCACGGUGAUGGGUCCAUGGCAGCCGAAAACUACGUGGCAAACGUCUCCCGGGUGUUGAUGCAUGUACACCAGCAUUUGGUGGACACCAGAUUCCCGCCAAGGCACUGGUCGGAUUUGGUGUCCACAGAUGUCAAGCCGUACAUGGAGUACUUCGACAAACGGGAGUCGUUGGGGCAGACAAAGGCGACCUCAAUAAACUACCUCAAAAACCUCAGGUUACUCUUCAACCACGUCAUCCACUCGUACGUCCACGAGGAUUCAACUUUUGCCAAGGGCUUCGAUCUUUCACCAUGCAUGGCCACCAUAACGAAGAUCAAGCUCUUGGACCAAAAGUUGAACCUCGUGUACCGGAAAAAAACCAAACAGCAACCGGCAGAAUUGUUCCAGCGCAUGACCGACCAGGCGAAGCAGUUGCCGGACUACGAGGACGUGGUUCGAUGCCUUUCGGUCAUCCGGGAGGGCAUCGAGAGUAACCUGGGCGAGCUGGAACGCACGUUCACUGCGACGGUUGGGACGAUCACCGUUCGCAGUGAAAAGAACAGCGGUCCAGCUGAGAAGAAGGUAAAUAUCGGGGUUGUGGAGGAGGACGACGGCGGCUCUGGCCAUACAAAUCCUGUGGACGACUAA